AGAGCACACAGUAAGUGAGCGAGCGGGUGAGUGAGUCAGGCAGUGACCCCACAGCGUGUGGAGCAUCUGAGCUGCUGUUGGGGGAAAAUUCACCAGGAUUUCCUAUAGAAAGCACUGGAUGUGUGUUCUCUGUGGGACUUGGCUGAUACCUGUGUACAGCUUCAGCUGUCUGAAUGGAGAGGCAGGCAGUGCACCGGGCCAGGGAGGCCUUCCUUAGUGGCAGGACGCGACCUGUGGAAUUCAGACUGCAGCAGCUUCAAGCUCUACAGAGGAUGAUCACUGAGAAGGAGACAGAGAUCUCCACAGCUGUCAAGCAGGACAUCAAUAGGAGCCAGUAUGAUACUCCCCUCUUGGAACUGAUUGGCAUCGAGAAUGAGAUCAAGCUGGCUGUGGACAAGCUGAAGGAUUGGGCAGCUCCUCGACCUGCAGAGAAGAACCUCUUCACUCUGUCAGACGAGGUUUACAUCCAGCCAGAGCCACUGGGGGUGGUGCUAAUCAUUGGAGCAUGGAACUACCCCUGGGCUCUCACCCUGGUGCCGCUGGUUGGAGCCAUUGCUGCAGGGAACGCAGCCGUAGUGAAGCCGUCGGAGCUCAGUGAAUAUUCAUCGCUCCUCCUCCGGGCUCUGCUGCCUCGCUAUCUGGACAAGGAUCUGUACCCUGUGGUGACUGGUGGCAUGUCAGACACCCAGGAGCUGCUGAGGCUGAGGUUCGACCACAUCUUCUACACAGGAAGCAGUACCGUGGGGAAACUGGUGAUGGAGGCUGCAGCUCAUCACCUCACCCCAGUGACGCUGGAGCUGGGAGGGAAGAGUCCCUGCUACAUUGACAAGAACUGCGACAUCAGGACUGCCUGCCGUCGGAUCACAUGGGGAAAGUUUGUGAACUGUGGUCAGACGUGCAUUGCUCCAGACUACAUCCUGUGUGAGCCCUGCAUCCAGGGCCGAGUGGUGGACUGCAUCCGACAAACUCUACUGGAGUUCUAUGGUGCUGAUCCUAAAUGCUCACCAGACUAUGGUAGAAUCAUCAACCAGCGCCACUUCAACAGAGUAAUGGGCCUGAUGGAGGGGUACACUCCAGUAGUGGGGGGGCAGAGUGACGCCUCACAGUGUUACAUUGCCCCCACCGUGCUGAAGGAUGUGCCCCCACACUCCAGACUGAUGCAGGAGGAGAUCUUUGGCCCACUGCUGCCCAUCGUGGCUGUGAGUGACAUGGACGAUGCCAUUCGCUUCAUCAACGAGAGGGAGAAACCUCUGGCCCUCUACAUCUUCAGCACUGAUAAGCAGGCCACAAAACGCAUGAUUGACGAGACGACGAGUGGAGGAGUCACAGUCAACGAUGUGAUGAUACACUAUACGCUCAGCUCUCUCCCCUUUGGUGGUGUUGGUCAGAGCGGUAUGGGCCGGUACCAUGGUAAACAUACCUUCGACCAGCUGAGCCACCACAGGGCAUGUCUGAUCCGCUCCCUGGGUAUGGAGCGGGUCAACCUGGCCAGGUACCCUCCCCAGGACCGGCGGCGGGCCCGCAGGGCUCGCAUGGCCCUGAAAACCCCCCUGAUUGACAUGUCCAAAAGGACGCUGAUCUGGGCCAUCGCUGCCACCGUCAUCGGCUGUGCCCUGCUUAUCACGCUACUGAUCGUCCUCCUCAUGGCCGCAGGCCUCUACUGUACCUGCUGGUACUGGAGAGGCUUUUAUUACUAGACAGAUGAGAACAAGGUGGAGCAUGUCCUGUUUUAUAUUCUGAUACCUUCUCCCACUAACUGCUACUAGUUGUGUGAUUAUUUUGUAUCAAUUUUUAAAUCCUGUGUGAAUUCACUUUGUUCUCACUGGGUAAGGAAAUAAGAACACGUUUUCAAGCAAGUGGUUUUAAUUUGAUCCAAGAACCUACAGAUGACUUAACCAAGUCACAUGAGAAUAGAGACAGAUUCUUUGUGAGAACAUUGAGGUGAGAGCUGUGACCCAAAGCAAAGCUUCACAUAUGGAGUAAACCAAACAUCAUAUAACACAUUUUAGUAAUACUACUAAUUAUUUUACUUAUUAUAAACCUUCAGGUCCUCUCGGGGUUCUCUGGCUUCCACCCACGGUCUGAAAAACAUGCAUUAGGUUAAUUGGUCACUGUAAAUUGCCCGAAGAUGUGAGUGUGUGUGCUUGAAUGGUUGUGUGUCUGUGUGUUGCCCUGCGAUGGACUGGCAACCUGUCCAGGGUGUACCCUGCCUCUGGAUAGGCUCCAGGAAAAGAGAAUUAUGAAGUUAUGAAUAAACUUUGCCAAGUCGUGUUUCAAACUGUGUGCCCAUGAGAAUUUUAAGCCAUGUGUCUAGACGUUGAAGAGUUAAAAGAUAAAGUCCAGCAGUGUGAUGAAUCAUCUCUGUUUGAGUUCUCACAAAUUGCCUGUUUGCUAACAGGAGAGCUGCUCCUUGGGACAGCUCACACCUCCUGCUCCCAAAGGUGUGUUCUCUAAAAGCACCUUAAAUCCAUCGUCACUGAACUGUAGGUGCUCCUUAGGACUUAUUUCAGUGAACAGGCCUCAAACACUACAUCGGAUACCUUCCAAGCAGACACCUCGUUCCCACAGGCUCCGGAUGAUGAAAGCUGUAAUUUCUCCUCCUUUGAAGCGUGGUUUUAUGCUAGCAGAGGGAGUUGGGAGGACGUCCCACAUCAACUAGCCAGGAAGAUGGAUUUAAAUGUUGGCUUCCAUGAUACUUUGCCUCUCAAUACUCAUCUAAGUUAAUUAUUAUUAUUAUUAUUAACUUUGUUUGAUUAGUUUUGAUUUUGAUUUUUUUUAAUUUUGAAGUCUUGUUAGCGUUUUCUGUUUAUAAAACUCACUUUUAGUUGCUUGUGUACAGACUUGUCUUUGUUUUUGUCCAGCUGCUGCUAACCCUGCACGUCCCUGCCCCCCCAGCACUGGAUCAUUGACCUAGUUGGACUGGUUCCAUUCUGCUGCUGUAUCAUCCUUGCUGUGUUCUUUCCCCUCAUCACUAGAGUUAAACUUUCCACUCUAGAACCCAGAUGGUGACUCCUUACAGAAAACGUGGACAGGUCACCAGUCCAUCGCAACACAUAGACAAACAACCAUUCACACACACUCACACCUUCGGGUAAUUUAGAGGGCAUGUUUUUCGGACCGGGAGGAAGCCGGAGAACCCGGACAGAACCCACACGAACAAGGGGAGAACAAACUCCACUCGCACCCAGUCUGCCCCGGGAAUUGGGGCGUAAUCGGGGUGGCUGUGAGGCGACCGUGCUACCCAAUGCAACACCGUGCCGCCCCUUCCUCAACAUAAAUUGAGACAAAUCUAGGACAAAAACACCUAAAGUAUUCUAAAGAAAAUAGCAAACAAGAACUAAGGGUGACAUGGCAGAAAGUAGGAGGAGAGAAACACAAGGACCCUGACAUUGAGUUGUGAUGUGAUCCUAGUUUUAGAUGUGUACAUUCACUUUACAUAACAGUAUUCAUUCGCAUUGUACUUGUACUGAAGUAAAUUAAUUCUGUGAUUGAUUAAAGAUGUAUUUCAUUAAGGA